ACACGUGUUUAUCGAAUGAGUCAUAAAAUAACAUCACUGGAACAUGGAGGAAAGAUGGAAGAACUGAAUCCUUCUCUGCUUGGUUCUAGGGAUUAUUGGAAAGAAUGUUAUCAACAGGAACUAGAAAACUUCCAAAAUAAUGGAGAUAUUGGAGAAGUAUGGUUUGGCGAACGAAGUGUAAUAAAUGUUGUUCGAUGGUUAUCGAAUUCAAAUACUUUCUCUAGAUCCGAUCCCAUUCUUGAUAUUGGAUGUGGAAAUGGUUUGAUAUUGAUUGAAUUAGCAAAAGAAGGAUUUACAAAUUUAUCAGGGAUAGAUUAUGUAGAAGAAGCAAUUCAUCUAGCAAGGGCAGUAUCUGCUCAGGAAGGUGUGAAAAUUUCUUAUGAUGUAGGUGACAUUUUGCAAGAAACUCAAAAUGAAAUUAUGCAGAAUGAAUAUAAAGUCAUUUUAGAUAAAGGAACAUAUGAUACAAUUAGCUUAAGUCCAAAUAAUGCCAAAGAAAAUAGACUUAAAUAUAUUAGAAAUGUAUAUCAGCUUUUGGAACCAGAAGGAUAUUUUAUAUUGACAUCAUGCAACUGGACUAAGGAAGAAAUUUUAAGCCAGUUUACAGGUAAUAAUAAAUUUUUUACUUGUUGUCAACUAUAUUUUAAUUCACUUUCAGAAGAAAUAAAGAUAAACUAAAUAAAGAUACAUUAUUGUGUAUCUUUAAAUCCAAUUUAGACUUCUUUUUUUAGGAACAAAAACUAUUAUUCUGAGAAAAAUCCAUCUUUAGUUGACUCUCAGUGAUGAUUGUGUAGUCCAAAAUUGCUUGGACUAAGAUUAAAAGUUAACUCCAUAGAUAAACAUUAACAUUAAGGUUUAGGCAUACUCAUGAAAACAAAGGAGUCAUGAAAUGCUUUAAAAUUGAUAAGAGUUUUCAGAACUUCUGUGUUUCACAUUCAGAUCUACUUGAAAAUUCAACAAAUAAACAAUUUGAAUUAGUGCAGCAGACAUUCUAUAGUGAUUUAAAUCAAAAUGUUCAUUUUUGAAUAUCUGUCUUUUGAAUUUUCAAAUGGAUCUGUAAUUUUUAAUUACUAUAAAAUAAAUAAAUAAUUAAUUACUUUGACUCAAACACCUUAUGCUUUCAAGAAGUAAUAUUUAUUAUUCUACAAACGUUUUCUACCUGCUCCACAGGUCAUCAUCAGGUAUUUUUGAAACUCUUGGAAUGUUCUUUGCAUUGGUUCCAGGACCAAACAUUUAUGCAAAACAAAAUUCAAAUUUCUGUAUCUGUUUAAAUACAAAAAUAUAAAUGAUAAAUAGAACUAAUUUCAAUACAUGGAUUCAAGUAAAGUAAAUAAGAUAAAAUAAAACAAAUAAAUAAAGUAAAUAACAUAAAAUACAAUAAAAAUAUAUAUCCGUACAAUAAACAUAAUUAUAUGGAUUGAGUGCAUGCUGUAUAACCGAUUAUACCGGAUAUAGAAAUUUGAAUUUUGUUUCGCAUAAAUGUUUGAACCU